AUGCUGAUCAACAAGGUCUUUCGUCAGUGCGUGUCGUCCGACGACAACAAGACGCGCGUCGCGCUGGGCCUCAAUCACGAAUGGAAACCGUGCGAUGUCGAGGCCAGCGAUCGCACCGAAAGCGAGCUCAUCGCCGAGGGUUACGUGCCCGCCGCAGAUCAACUCCCGUCAGCGGAUCGCUCGGUCUGGAUCUUCAUCGACCAGGAAUCGCGGACCUACGCGAUCCCUCCUCCGAUCCGCAACAUGCCCAUGCCGCGCGCCAAGACCUAUGGCCACGCGCCCGUGCAAAAGGGCUGCGAGAUGCGCCUGCUAUCGCUAGGGGGAGUGCCCGAGGGCUACGCAAACUCCAAGAAUCUGCCGCACGAGAUCUUCAUGGUGGCACGUUACUUCACGAGGAUCUGCGCGAGGACAAGACGAUCCCCAACGGUGUAA